AUGCAGAACUAUCUCUUUCAAUUUCCAAAGGCAAAGAUUGACGUGCUAACCGUCGAAAUCGAUCCCGACAUGGUCGAAGUGGCGAAGAAAUUUUACGGUUAUGUGCCGACAGAGUCGAAUCGGAUUGAGAUUACUGACGGGAUUGUUUAUGCUAAGGAAGCGUUGGCUAGAGGGGAAUUAUAUGAUUUUAUCGUCCUCGACGCGUGUUCUAACGAUAAGAAAAAUGUGGUCAUUUGCCCGAUUGAGGGUUUUCGGAAUGAAGAAACAAUAUCGACAAUGGCACAGAUCGUCAAUCCUACAGGCGGUCUCGUCGCGAAUAUCGUAGCUUACGAGAAUCCCGAUUUCAAGGAGGAAGAGAUUCGCAAACUGUUCUCAAAAUAUUUCGCAUCGUGCUUCUUGAUGAAGUAUCUACCGGAGCAAAGGAUGCUAAUCUGCUCCCAUCGACCGGAAUGGACCUUGAAAACACAGCGCAAGAAUGUCUGCCAUCUGGUGUGGGAGGAGGUGCUCUUCAUUUGCGUGGCCGGCUGUCGGGUAGAAGAAGAGCUGUCUUCCGACCGGUUCAGGAAAUGGCUAGCCGAGACCGUCGAGCAUUCGAAAGAUCUUAAAGGAAUCUUCCUGCUCGGUUGGCUUGAAGGUCGUGAAGUAGACUUGCAGAGGAAAACUGCAAUCAGACCCAAAGAUCAAGAAGCCGUGAAACCAUUCCUUGACUUAAUUGAAGAUAAUUGUCUCACCAAUCUAUGGAUCCACCGCCAGAACUGUUUCUUGUUGAGCGCGCAGGACUUCCAGGUGCAAGUCCACCACGAAGUAUUCACCCAACGGAUGGGCGAAGAAUUUAAGAACGAUCCGAUUCUCUUUCGGUUGAAAGAAGUUGAUACAGUAUCACGGCCGUGGAGCAUUUUGGAAUCUGCCAUCGACCGAAUUAAAGAAGUCAGCCUCAAGGAUGAACCCCCGGAAUAU